AAUUUAUAGGAAAGAAAUAUAAAAAUCAGUGAUUCAUGAUCAUAGUAAUCAUUAUGUUAUGACAGUGCGCACAUGGAGCUAUCAUGGCAACUUACUUGUUGCAUGGUCUUGGAGGUGGAGUCACAAGUGUCAGCAGCAGUGAAGGAUGGGCAAGCCAACCAACACUUGAUUUCCCCGGAGGAAAUAAUCCUACAAAAGGAACUAAUGGAGUAGAUGUUGGACCAGGAGAAUACCUCUCUUUCUCAACCUUCUUCGAUAAUUCAGGGGCUGAUUACAUCUCUGCUGCCAUCUGGAUCUACAAAGAUAAUAAAAGAAUGGAGGAGUUUGUUCAAAUAGGCCACAGCUUCACUGCAGCAGGGUAUGCAACAGGAACUGGAGCAAUUACUGUUAAAGGAAUGGGAUCAGGAACUAGCACAACUCAACUAAAUGUGAAUGGGAGCGAUGUUAGCGGAACUAGCAUUGGUAUUCAGCAAAAUGAAUGGACUCUGAUUGGCUUCGGAUGGGGAAAGAAUGAAAGCUACAUCAAGCUGAUUAGAGAUGGAGGGGGAGGUGUGUUCAAUAAUAUCUCUACUCCUAUCAGCAGUUGGAGUGGUAGUAGCACGGAUUAUUUUGUGGGAAACAAAAAUAACAACUGCCAAUCAGGCUGUAGCUAUACAAUUCAUAGCAUCAGGAUCUACUCAGAUGAACUUCCAGGAGUAGCUCAGGACUUGUAUAAUGCUCCUUACAAUGAAUGGUCAUGGCAAACCACUUGAGGAAGCGGAACCAGGGAAGGAGCUGAAGUAUGAGAUGAUGGUAACUACAACUCAGGCGACGGAUGAGCUUUAGGAUGCACACUUGAGACAGGUUAUUCAUGAACUGGAGGAACUGCAUCGACUAUAGAUACAUGAAGCUUAACCUGCCAGUCAACUUCCAGUCCAGCAGAUCAGACCGUAGACUGCUAUGACAGCAAUACUGUUGCUGGAGACGGCUGCAGUUCAGUUUGUAAAGUUGAAAGUGGCUACACUUGUUCUUGGAACACUGGAACAAGUGAGAGUGAUUGCACCGAUGAUUGUGGAGAUGGGAAGAUAAUUACUACUAUGCCAGCCACUUAUUGAGAUGACGGUAAUACAAGCAACAACGAUGGCUGAAGCAGCACCUGAGCUAUAGAGAGUGGAUGGAUUUGAUCUGGAGGGACUACUUCUACUGCUGACACUUGUUCAGACGACUGUGGAGAUGGUAAAGUAAUGGAUGUCCAAACAGGCUAUUGAGAUGACAAUAACAAUAUUGACGGAGAUGGAUGUAAUUCUACAUGUGCAGUGGAGACAUACUGGACAUGAACAUCUGGUAGCUCUACUACUGCUAGUUCUUGAUCUGAUAUUUGAGGGGAUGGAAGAAGUAUGGAUCCAGUCUUAGGCUACUGAGAUGAUGGAAACACCAGUAGUAGUGAUGGAUGUAGUUCAGCCUGUGCUGUGGAAACAGGAUGGACUUGAACUCUCGGUGACUCUUCAACAACAAGUGUUUGUUCUGAUGAUUGAGGAGAUGGAAAAGUGAUGGCAACUUCUGCUACAUACUGAGAUGAUGGAGAUAAUACUUCAGGGGAUGGUUGAAGUAGCACAUGCCAAGUAGAAUCAGGAUGGACAUGAACAUCUGGAGAUGCAACCACUGCUAGUGUUUGAACAGAUACAUGAGGCGAUGGUAUUGUAAUUACUGCUCAAGCAGCUACUUAUUGUGACGAUGGAAAUACCAACAGUGGGGAUGGCUGAAGCGCAACUUGACAAGUCGAAGCUAACGUCAGUUGUACAUCCGGAGAUACAUCAAAUGCAAGCGUGUGUACAGAUACUUGUGGAGAUGGCUAUGUCAGUAUAAACACACUUUCUCCUACUUACUGUGAUGAUGGUAAUAACAUUAAUGGAGAUGGAUGCUCUAGUACAUGAGCUGUAGAGUCUGGUUACACUUGUCAAGGAGGAAGCUCAACCACCAGCUCUACAUGAACAAGUUGAUCAGUAAAUAAUUGAGCUGCUUGAGUAACAGGCGACCAAAGUGCAUGACAGACUUGCAAUAGUGGAUAUACUCUUGAUAAUGGUCAAUGCUCCUUGGAAUCUUCUACAACAUCUUCCACAACAACGUCCUCAUCAGAGGGAGUAUCCUCUUCAGAAUCUACUGCCUCUCAGUCUGCAAUGGGAGCAGCUGCAGCUGCUACAGUGAUAAUCUCAGUGCUAAACAUGUCAUCUCCCACUGUCUUAUGGGCGAUGGCCAAUCAAUUGCAACUUUUACUGCUUCUCGUUCUGACAAAUUCCUCAAUGCCUUCCAAAAUAGUAGAAUUUUUGACUGCGAACAGAUUUGCUUCUUUCUCAUUAGACUUUUUAUCUCUAGAUAAGCUACCAGGGCUGACACUGGUGAAAGGCUCGUUUAUCAAGAAACAAGAUGACAGCAAUUUGUCUGAGAUUGGCAUUGAAUCAGGGAGCACAUUCUACAAUAAUUUCACCCUGAUUUUCUUGAUUUUCUUCGUGUUAUUGCCCGCCCAUAUCUGAUCAAUGCUGAUCCCAAGAUGUAAGAAGAUGCCAUACUCUGAAUCAAAGUGCAAAUCCAAAAUUGGAAGAUUAAUCAACAAAGGAAAAGACAUACUUUUUGAGCUAUUCAAUUUGACGAUUUAUUUGAGACUUUUCCUUGAAGCCUACCAAUUCAUAAUGCUGGGAUCUGUGUCUGAGAUAUUCAGACUAGAGUACACAGAAUACGUAUCUUUCCUGAUUUCAUGAGUUGCCUUGAUCUUCUGAGCUUUCUUGCUCUAUGUAUCCUACCAUGUCUAUGCUACCACAAUGAAGUUCUACGAUGAAGAACAGUUUUACUACUUUAAAGAGCUUGCUAGAGGACUGAAGGAUUCCAAAGAAGCCAGGAUUUACACCUUCUUCCUCCUCCUAAGGCGCUUUGUGCUCGUGAUUUGGCUCAUCAGCGUGAAAGAUGCAAAUAAAUACUUUGCCAUUGUGUUUCUGUCUGUAUUUCAGUUGUUCUAUUUCGCGAGAAUAGUGUACUCGAGACCUCAGGCGGGAAAAUGUGAGAACAUAGUUGAGAUCACAAAUGAAGUGUUCUUCACUGUUCUAGCUUGCCUGUUAUUGCACCUGAACACUACAGAUGUUUGGGAAGGCACAAGCACUUCUGUUUAUUUGUACAUUUUAAUUUCUAACAAUGUAGUAAUUGCAAUGAUAAUGCUGUCGAAUCUUAUCUACGAUCUCUCUUGGAAACUUAAGAGAAGAUGCUCUAAGACAAUCAAGACUCAAGCGAAGCCUAAGGCUCCUGAAGUAGUGAAGAAGUUUGAAGAGCCUCACAAUCAGAUAAAGAAGACCAAGAUUAUAGACUUUCAUGACUUCUCAAAAGUUACUUCAAAUUCAAUGAUAAAGACUGAGUCUGCCAAUUGGAACGCUGGAUCUAACAUUCAAGUGUACAAAUUGCCUCAGAAUCACAAGGAAAUCCUAAAAAGCUCAAAGCGUUCAAACCAAGACCACGGAAUGGAGCAAUUCUAAUCUUGCUCAAAUAUC